AAACACAUCUCAUUCUCCACUUCUGCCCCCUUGAUUCUAUUGUUUCAGGAUAGUCACUACGGGAAGUUUGAGUGUCCUCCGUUUUAUCUGAAGGAAUUUUCAGCAGUUCACUUUAACCUGACAGCAGACGCAGAACUCCAGAACGUGAAGGAAUACGAGAGCAAAUCUUCCUUCUACGAGUUCAGGACGGAUUCUGUGUUCAACAUCAGUGCUGAGCUCCACUACAACACAAGCCGCUACAAGCAGAAAUCUACCGGACUGGAGCAAUACAAUCUCCACAGAUCCCAGACUGCGGUGAAGGUGGAGUUUGUCAUUCCUCCCAGUCGAAAGCUGAUUGUUGCCACUGGAGUAGUGGGAGGGUUUAUCCUCCUCAUUAUCAUAUUGAUCCUUCUGGUGAAGUGUGGGUUUUUUAAACGAAAUCGCCCUGAAGAGUUCGUUCAAGAGGAUGAAAAUGUAACUGCGGCUGAAGACUCUCCUCUGAUGAACGUGAAUGCUAAAGAAAACGGAGUCGGUGAGAAUGACAGCACAGAGAAAGAGAAUGGAGUGAAGGAGACAAGCUCCAGCCCUGAUCCUCCAAAGACAGAACAAUAAAAUAUCACUUUAUUACACAACAACAAAAGUAAAGAUGUUUGCUUUGAUGGAGCUGAAAAUGGUCUUGUAAUGGUCUAGUUGAAUAAAGAUAUGAUUUAACGUCAGUAUGUUUAGCUCAAUCAUAUGCAGCAUGUUUAUAAUAACUCCGUUUUAUUCUGAUAUUCA